UAAGCAAUGGCAUCAAUGGAGCCGGUUAGCUCUUGGAACUCUAAUUCAGUUCUCAGCGUUAUGGAGCUCACCAAAGAGCCAAUGACCGUAGUUCCGAAGAACUAUAUUCGUCCAGAUCAAGAACUUUCAGCUCCCUCUGAUUACAGUACCUUGACAACAAUCCCCACCAUUGACAUGAAAAAAUUGGCCUGGGGGGAGACCUCAGACUUGGAACUAGAGAAGUUGCAUUCAACUUGUAAAGCGUGGGGCCUCAUACAGUUGGCGAACCAUGGAGUUAGCUCUUCACUAUUAGAAAAGCUAAAACAUGAGAUUGAAGAAUUCUUCAUGCUUCCUUCGGAAGAGAAAAUGAAAUAUAAGGCAAGGCCAGGUGAUGUUGAAGGCUAUGGAACAAUCAUCAGAUGCAACGACCAAACACUCGAUUGGGGUGAUAGGUUCUACAUGACACUCAACCCUAUUCAAAAAAGAAAGCCAUAUUUAUUUCCAGAGCUCCCUUCAUCCUUGAGAAACACCUUAGAGGCAUACAUCUCAGAGUUGCAAAAGCUUGCCAUGACACUUCUAGGUUAUAUGGGAAAAGCUCUGAAAAUAGAGAUCAAAGAGAUGGAGGAGUUAUUUGAAGAUGGGAUGCAAUCAAUGAGGAUGAAUUACUAUCCUCCAUGCCCACAACCAGAACUUGUUGUGGGUCUUACCCCCCACUCUGACGCUACUGGGAUCACCAUCCUUCACCAAAUUAAUGGAGUACAAGGUCUUCAGAUAAAGAAAGAUGGGGUUUGGAUUCCUGUGAACUUUUGCGCAGAUUCUUUUGUUGUGAAUGUCGGUGAUGUUAUGGAGAUCCUGAGCAAUGGGGCCUUUACCAGCAUUGAGCACAGAGUAACUGUAAAUUCAGACAAAGAAAGAAUCUCACUUGCUAUGUUUUUCAACCCCAAAUUUGAGGCAGAGAUUGGGCCUGUGACUAGUACUUUAAGCCCACGAAACCCACCAUUAUUUAAAAGGAUUACAAUGGAGGACUAUGUCAAAGAUUUCUUUUCCCGUAAUCUGAAUGGGAAGUCGCAUUUGGAGAACAUGAGAAUCAAAAGUGGGGAAUCAACUCUAGCUGCAUGAUGGUCAAACAGAUAUAUAGUACUUAUAGCUUGAAAAUUGUGACACCUCCAGUCUUGUUUUAGGUAAAAUAAUCCCAUUUGGCUAGAGCUUUGGAUGAAUCUAUACAAUGAACAAAGCCAGGUGAUGAUGCAUGAAAAAAUAAAUCAGUCUGUUCUGGUGUGUGUUUGGUUCCAUGUUGUAUAAAAAUGCUUUGUAGAAAUGAAAAUAUAUAAAU